GCUAACGAGAAUGUCUUUUUAUAGUUUACUAUGCUACGUUAAAAGUUGAUGAUAUUAUUGUACAUAUAAAUUGAUACCUGAACCGUAAACAUGCUAAAACAAUACUGUACAUUUCAUUUAAACUGGAGUACUGUUUGCAACGCGUCAACACUGCUAUAGAAUGAUGGGCUCGCGAACUACGUGUACAACUUGCCAAUAACCAACAACUAUAUCUGAAGAAAUGCAGCUUUCAGAUAUUUCUUCUUGGGCCACAACAGCUGUGGCUGGCAUUGUGCUUGGAUUCUUGAUGGGAAGAACGUGUUCAUGUCAAUCUAAGACGGCAAGCUGUGACAAUUGUGUUAAAACAAGAAAAAGGGAAAACAAAAUUGAGGAGAACAAAGACACGAACGAGAACUCCACUACUGAAAAAAUUGGCAAAGAAGAAGAAGAAGAAGAAGAAGAAGAAGAAUAUGAUGAAUUUGAAAUGUUGCCAGCUAAGGCAUUAAAUGAAUCCUCGCCUCUGUAUGAGUUAGCGCGAUCUGAGGGUCAGGCAAAAAUGGUUUUGGUUGUAAGAACGGACCUCGGAAUGACAAAGGGCAAAGUUGCUGCUCAGUGUGCUCAUGCUGCUUUGGCAUGUUACAGAAUGGCAACGCGUGUUGAUCCAAAAUUGCUUCAAUUCUGGGAAAGAACUGGACAAGCAAAAAUUGCCUUGCAAGCUCAUUCGGAAGAAGAAUUGGAACUGCUGCAAGCACAGGCCCUUUCUCUUGGUCUCUGUGCAUACAUUAUCCAUGAUGCUGGACGCACCCAAAUUGCUAGUGGUUCCGCUACUGUUUUGGGUAUUGGACCAGGCCCUAUCAGUGUUGUGAACCAAGUUACUGGAAAAUUACGUUUGUUUUAAGUGUAAUAAGUAUGAUGUAUAACAUGCUAAUCUACAUUAAAGCAGCGUUUUCAAGUAUUGGCUGUUUACCUAGUACAGCUGCAUCUUGACGGUGACAAAAGUCCUCGUAAAAAGUUUUAUAUUCCAACAUUUAUUGACAGAACACCGAGUCAUCAGACGUUUCUUUUCAUUAAAAAUUUGUUUCAAUGUCAUAAAACCAAACCGUAGGUCGCUGUUACUUCAGCACAUCCAAAAGGACUUGAAGAACUGUGUAACUAUCAAAGGUUAAAAAGAAAGAAACCUCGACAAUUAAAGCGAUCCCGAAAAAGGUGAUCUAAACUAAAUAUAGGCGACUAUCUCCACAGCUACUGAUUCUGUGGAAGAUAAAUCUUAGUAUCGUAUAAAUUGAGUGGGCGUCGUCGUCCCUAUAAAAAAUUUUCAUAAGCUACA